AUGUGUAUGCGGAAAGUGGGUUUCCAAAAAAGACACAUACACAAGGAACAGUACGCUGAAGAAAAAUGGUCUGACAAACCGAAAGAGCACUACCAAAAGGCGACAACCGACUAUGUAAUAGAGGCAACGACCAAGAAGACGUCAACCUCCGAAGCGCAUAAAACAAAACAAAAGGUGCAUAACCACGAAUCAUGUGUACUUACGAAGAAGGAAUUAAUAACAAAAGUGCGCAUUCUGAUACUCAUGACGGUUCCGGUUGAAUGCAAAGGGCAAGAGGAUUUACAAAACAUGGAAUUGUACUUAUGGAAUGAUUCACCUUGCUCUUUCUGA